CACCGGAGCUAUUGUAUAGUUUUCUGAUAAACAUGUGAGGCCUGUCUACACUUUUGGUAUAAAUAGCGAACAAUUAUUUAGAAGAAGCAUAAUCCAAAAGCACAAGUAACACGCACAUAGAAACCUCUAUCAUUGCAGAAUGGAUUACGAUCAGUACAUUUGUUUCUCAUACUUGCUUCAUCCAAUCAUGUGCACUGUGUUGGUGGCACUGUUAAUGUACCUAUUUUGGUCUAAACUGGUAAGACUCAACGAAUUACCGGAGGAAACCCUCAGAGAUCCACCUGGACCAUUUGCGCUCCCCAUUGUAGGAAACAUUUCACUGUUAGGAAGUCAACCACAUUUAAACCUAACCCAUCUAGCUGAUUUAUAUGGAGAAAUCUAUAGUCUGCGCCUUGGUAGCAGAAAAGUGGUAGUCCUGAAUUCUGUGAAAAUGGCUCAAGAGGUGCUGGUCAAAAAUGCUCGUCAUUUCUCAGAUCGCCCUCCUCUGCAAAGUUUCCAGGUCAACAGUAACAACGGACAGAGCAUUUCUUUUGGUAACGCUGGCCAGUGGUACUGCUACCAUAAGAGGUUUGCUUCAAGAGCCCUUACCAAGAUGUAUGAAAACGGAGAAAGAUUUGAUCAAAUAGCAAGUGAUGAAAUAAUGCAUCUAAAGUAUCUCUUAGGACUUGACCAAUCAAACGAACCGAUUGACCCAACGUCUUUAAUGAAAGAAUUGGUGUUUAAGUUUUCCUUCAGGAUCCUGUUUGGCGACGAUCUUGCAGGAAUGUUUGCGGAAGACUUCUAUCAUAUCGUUGGACAGUCUGCGACUUUUGUAGAAAACAAUUCUGCUGUCAAUCUUGUGGAUUUCUUUCCAUGGUUAGCAGCUUUGUUCAAGAACCAGACGAGAAAAAUUAAACUUUCUGUGGACCAAUUGAUGGAUUCUGUAAAGCGUAUUUACCAGGGACAUACUACUAGAGGUGACAACAACAUUCACUCUUGUAUCACAGAGGCACUUAAAGGUGAGGCGCUCACUGAGCAAACUCUUAGUGAAGACAGCAUGGUGCAAAUACUAGCUGACCUUUUUGGUGCAGGACUUGAGACAGUGUCGACAUCCAUGAUAUGGGCUGUAGCAUUUUUAGCAAGCAAUAAAUCACUUCAAGAACAGCUGUAUGACGAGCUUAAAGGUGCAAUUGGUAAGACAAGCAACCGUUCUCCGAGUUUGGAAGAUAAGUCUAAAAUGCCUCUCCUACAAGCAAUAGUGCUGGAGGUACUACGCAUGUCCUCUGUGUUACCCCUUGGUCUACCACAUUACUGCAGUCAAGAUGCGGUGAUAAGUGGCUAUAGAAUUGACAAAGGAACACUUGUGUUGCUUAAUCUAUGGGCUAUCAACCACGACCCCAACAGCUUCGAAAGGCCAAACAGUUUUAACCCCUACCGCUUUCUAGAUCCAGUAACACACCAGUUGGUUAACGAUGAUUGGAUGCUAGCACUUCCAUUUUCGAUCGGCACGAGAAAAUGUCUCGGAUCAACUGUGGCAAAAUCCGAGUUGUUUCUUCUUAUGGCAGGGCUAUUGCACAACUUCUCGUUCGAGAUGGCGGGAGAAAGUGCUGAUUUGAAUGGAACAUUUGGUCUAACUUUAAGACCACGCCCUUUCUCUGUGUACAUCCACAAGAGAUUUUAACUUAGAGUUGAGUGAAACGUAAGGUAGAAAACAGAAACAAAAAGAAUCGAAAGUAACAUGUUUCCAUCUUUUAAUAGGUCAUCCCCAAAAAAAUAUUCUAUCACUCGUUUCUUAUAAAAACACUUAAGAAUUAUAUAGGCUACAAAAAUAUUAGUUAAGUAAUUUUUAACGCUGUCCAUAGGUAAGGAAAAAAGACGAUCAUGUUUUUAGAGUUUACUCUAUUACUUAAAAUAGUUAGUUUAAAAAAAUAAUACUUAAUAAUUAUUUUAAAUUUCAAAAACGAAUAAAGCAAUAUUUCAUUGCCACUGAAA